AUGUCCGUAUCAACCUCGAUCCCCGACACCUCGCUUGGUCUCACCUCCUCCGAGAUCCAGAUACUACGACAGCAGCAGCAGAUCGCGCUCCAGGGCCAGACGGGCAACGGUUUGUCCAGAGGAAGAGGCACCGGGCGGAACAGCAACUCGAGCUCGCGCGCAGCCAGCGCAGCCAGCAGCCAUGGCCGGUUGCUGCUCGAUCCCAUGAGCCUGCGGGCGCUCUCUCACCAGCUGGACAAUUUGCAAGAGCAGAUCCGCAAUCGCAUCGACUAUCUGGAGGAGCAAAUGCAGCUCUCCAUCGCCAACAGCUACGACCGAGCGGGCAACAUCAUCUGCGAUGCAGAUGCCGAGAUUGCUCGUACCAAAAAUAUCCUCGCCUCUAUUGAUGACCUGGAAAAUGAAUUCACCAAGAUCGCGCGCAUCAGAGAUAUUGUCAAGUCCUUUCGUGCUCGAAUCGAAUCCUACGAUCACCGCUUGGACCAGGCCGCCCGUCGACGACAUUAA